UGCUCUCAGAGCUGCUGAAGAGAAUCUCUUGAAGGUCCUUGUUAAGGUCUUUCAAAGAGACAUGGCACAAACUGGACUUAUGAUUUUCCUGCUCAUAAGUUUACUACUGGUGGAUCAGACCAUCAGCCAGGCUUCCAAAUUCAAAGCCAGGAGGCACAGCAAACGUAGAGUGAAAGAAAAAGAUGACCUGAAGACCCAGAUUGACAAAUUGUGGCGAGAAGUAAAUGCUCUGAAAGAAAUGCAAGCACUCCAGACAGUGUGUCUCCGUGGGACAAAGGCCCAUAAGAAGUGCUACCUCAUGUCAGAAGGCACCAAGCAUUUCCAUGAAGCCAAUGAAGACUGCAUAACCAAGGGAGGGACACUGGCUAUCCCAAGGAAUAGCGAGGAAACAAACAUUCUUCGAGAUUACGGCAAGAGAAGUACGCCCAGAGCAUCCGAGUUCUGGCUGGGGGUCACUGACAUGGUAAAUGAAGGGAAAUUUGUUGAUGUCAAUGGCAUGGUUCUGCAGUACUUCAACUGGGAUCGUGCCCAGCCCAAUGGGGGCAAGCGUGAGAACUGUGUGGUUUUUUCUCUUUCGUCCCAAGGCAAGUGGGUGGAUGAGGUGUGUCGUACUGCCAAAAGAUACAUUUGUGAAUUCCUGAUCCCAUAAUUACAGAUACAAAAGACCAUAGCCAUGUUUCAGGUUAACAUGCAGUUUUGCUUAGGAACCCCUCCCACUUAGAGUGUGGUGAGUUAAAACUAUCCAUCUCCUGCAUGGUACUCACUCUUUCCUGAAACACAAGUUUGCUCUGUUAAAUUAUUUUUUAUUCAGAUGCUAAAAAUGUUAUGUUUUCUGAGUGCUCUCAUUAUGUACAGAGAUAUAUAUUAUGGUUUAACCCACAUUGUAUCAUAUUUUGGCAUAUUAUUUCAACCUGAUGUUUGGGUUGCUGGAUUUCACCUCCUAUUUCUGUACUUUAUUUACAAAAGAUUGCUGCAUGAUGACCCUUCCCAAUAUAAGGUGUAGGGAUCCUCUCAGUUCCAGAGCUUAAGAGAGACUUUGGCAUUAUGUAAGCUCCUGUGAAAAACAGCCAUUAUCAUGAUAGAGCUUAAUAGGAUGUAUCUGUGACCAAGAGUUUUACCUAUGGGUUAAGAACGGAGAAUGAAACAGAAAAAUCUCAUGGUAAUUUUUAUGCUACAUGCAGCUCACAACGAUACAAUGCUAGAAAACGGGGGAG